AGCACAGUUUUGAUUUGCUUUCAAACCGCUCAAAUCACUCCCAGUGACAAUUUCAAGUGUUAAACAGAUUUUUUCUGAACCGAAUCCAUAAAAUAGUCCAAAACUAUUGGCAAGUUUUAACAAACGUUUGCGUUGUGUUAAAUCGAAGGCAAAAUAAAGCGUGUCUUUAUUUUGUGCUGCUGAGAAAAACACUGGUUUUUACGGCAUUUUUCUACGGAAUCUCUCGAUAAUGGUAUUUUGGCAAACAUACAUUUUCCCUCUUCUACUGCUUGCAUUCAGUGGCUUGGAUCUGAUUCGUUCGGAUUGCGGUACUGAUGUUGACCGAUUGAACGGCGGCUUUUGUGACGACUCAAGCAACUUAAGGCGCAUUGACAACCACAACGACAAGGAGAUUUCACGACGAUUCCGGGAUAUUGAACGCAGAGACGAACGUGUUGAUUUCCGACAACGAGUUGCACGCGAAGAACGCGAUGAAUUACACCGUGAAUUUGAUGUUCGGCGCGCGGACGAGUCAAGACGACGUUUCGAACGCGAGGAUGAACGACGCAACGACUUAAACCGACGAGAUGAACGAUCUGAACGGGAUGAGUUCGUUGGUCGACGAAGAGUCGAUGCAUUGAGACGUUAUGAUGAUGCUCGACGUGGGGACGAGUCAAGACGACGUUUCGAACGCGAGGAUGAACGACGCAACCACUUGAAUCGACGAGAUGAACGAUCUGAACGCGAUGGGUUUGUCAGCCGACGAAGAGUCGAUCGCGAAGAGCGUGAUGUAUCAAGACGUAGUGAUGAUGCACGCGUGCGUAGCCAAAGACGAUUCAAAACCGAUGAAGAGCGCACUAUUCGCAGAGAAAUCGAUGCAGCACGUCGUCGAUUGUCUGAGCGUGAUGAUACUCGCCGAAGUGGGCGAAUGGAAAAUGACCGACGUUUAGAUGGUGAACGAAGACGUUCGGAAGAUGAAAGUCGACUUGUCCGCCAUGAAUCAAGAACUGAACGGAUUGAAGAAGGCGCUCGUUUCGCUAAUGAACGACGAGAUGCCGAAGAACGUUUGUCCCGUCGAGAAAAUCGAGUUGAUGAAAACGUACGACGAAUGCAAACACGUGAAAUUCGUUUGAAUGACAACCGAUUGGAGGCUGAAAGACGCACAGAGAACGAACGACGAAAUGAACGAAUGGAUGGUGAAAGACGACGAGAAGUUCGAGACAACCGAAAUGAACGUAAUAUGCGUGAGGAACGCCAAGACCUAAGGGAAAUUCGCCGAGAAGAACGAAUGGACCGCGAAUCAUCCCGAAGAAGCAAUGAACGACGUGUCGAUAACAGGUUCGAGGCCGAACGCCGAAUGAAAAACGAACGGAGAGAUGCUCGAAGAGACACCCGAGUUGAUGCUGAAAGACGCGAAGUUCGAGCAAACUCUCGCUCAGAAGCAGAGCGUCGCAUGGAAAACCAACGACGAGACACUCCACGAGAAACCCGAACUGAUGCUGAAAGACGUGAAGCCCGAGCAAACUCUCGCUCUGAAGCAGAACGUCGCAUGGAAAACCAACGACGAGACACUCUACGAGAAACCCGAACUGAUGCUGAAAGACGCGAAGCCCGAGCAAACUCUCGCUCAGAAGCAGAGCGUCGCACGGAAAACCAACGACGAGACACUCUACUAGAAACCCGAACUGAUGCUGAAAGACGUGAAAUCCGUGUCUUGCGCAAAGAACGACUUUCAGACAUUCGACGCGAUGAACGUAAUGCUGUGAAUCGCCUCUCAAGACAAAUAUUCACUGUACCUGAAGAUGUAAUGGCAGCAGUUGAAAAACCAUCCCUUGUUUCAUCCGAUCUUGCUUGGCAAUUGAUUCAAUUGGCCGCUCUCGGUGCAAUCGCUUUUCACAUCAUCAAGAAGGACGAUUCAAUCAAACCAAAAAGCUUUGGAGACCAUUUCAAAGGACUUUUUGCCGGCAAAAGUGUCAAAGCUUUGUAAAUGGACAAUUACCAUUCAUGAACUGACCACUCAAAUGACAUUUGCUCACCGUAUCACACACAGUUUAUCUAUUUAAUCACUAAACAUUUUAACUCAAAGUUGCACUUCCUUUUUUUAUCGGAUUCAUUGGUUGGAGAGAGAGGAAAAACUUCACAUUACAUGGCUCAUAUUUUUGAAAGAAAAAAAAAGUUUUAAAAUUUUAUCUGUAGAAUGUAUUGUCGUGGCGCAAUUGAUGCAAAGAAGUGUCAAAAUGAUCGAAGAUUCGAUUGUGAUGUAAAAAUGCAACAACAACAAUAUUUGACGGGGAGAAAUUUUGGCGAAAAUAUUCUGUGUUGCUGUUUCGGUUCCCUUUCCCUUUUAAUCUUUCCUCUUUCCCAUUUGUCUUCUAUUUCUGUAAUGACCCGAUCUAUGAACCGUUGACCAUCAAUCUUUUUAAUGACACAAAACCAUGUUUUGGGUUUGAAUUCGCAGAAUAGUUAUUUUUUAUAAACAAAAAACACCUAAACUUCAUAAUCCCUUUCACUCUUUCAGAAGUUGAUCCCAACCAUAGCAACUCACUCUGCUAAUUUGAUAGUUUUGCUGCUGCUGUUCAUCAGCAUUGGUUCUAAAAGUCGCAAUAUUUUCUUCUAUCAUUACUUCCCAUAUUUUCGGCUUUGAUCUGAUUUCCAAAUUAAUCACCCACAUGAACUAAUCGGAAAACAGAAACAAUUUGCUGAAUCGAAAUACAUAAAUUUGAAAAAGCUGCUGCUAACUGCUAACUCAUGGCCAAAUCAAUCCAUGUUUAACUUCCAUUUCAAUCUGGCUAUCUUCUACUUUGAUAGCCAACAGAAGUGUUUAAGCUUUUGAGUUGACGUUCAAGCACAUAACCUCAAAACAAAUCUCUUCUUCAAUCAAAUAAACGUCACCUAACCCACAUCGAGCUCUCUUUUGAUUCUGCCCAAUUGUUCAAUUUUUUUAGAUUUUAUGUAUGUUUGUUAACAAAAAAAAAAUAAAUGUAACCAGUUUUUGAAAAUCUAAUAAAUAUUCUCUAUAUUUGUAUUGGUCUGCAUUAAAAA